AUGACUAAAAAAGACAAGAAACCAAAGGUGAGCACGGUGGUGACCAAAGAGGGUGAAAGCAUUAAAGUGUUUGAAGAUCUGGACAGUUUCGAACUGUACAUCAAAAACGAAACAGAGGACGACGAUUUCGACCAUGUGAGAUGCCGUUUGAAGUAUAUCCCACCUUUCGUGCUACAUGAGUCGCACGAAGACCCGGAAAGGAUCAAAGACUCGGUUAACUCGCACAGCAGGAAGUUUGUGCGUCACUUGCACCAGCAUGUGGAAAAGCACUUGCUCAAGGACAUCACGGAGAGAUUACAGAUUCCUACACUCAAGUUCAAGGAUAAGUCAAAGGUGGAAACCGCAGACAAUAUCGUGUGGAAGUACAACGAGCAUGCAGAGUACCACAGCCGCGAAUUCGACAUCCACGUGACCGUGGAAUGUCAUCAUGAUAGUGCCAUGGUGGAUGUAGACUAUUUGACUGAGCCUGCCCGUCCUGCAGUGCCAGAACCAAUGGCCAAAACGCCUGUCGCCGCUGCGUGA